AUGGUCGGGGUAAAAGUAAUCGGGAAUGAUUCAGAAUUCCAACCUGAGCUAGCAGCCGCCGGCUCAAGGCUUGCGGUAGUGAAGUUCACAAUGGCAGGGUAAGGUUCAACAUAUAUUCCCAGGCCUUAUGUACCGGUUAGCUAGCUAGAUGGGAUCUAAACUGAAAUGGGUUAUCCAAUUUCAUUGGCAAAUGUAUAGUUACCUAGUAGGUCAAUUGGUGUCUGAUUUCACAGUGUAUCGGUUGUUGAAUCCUUUCAAACAAGCUACUUAAAUGCGGGAGAAAAUAACUCUGACAACUCCACGCUGUUGUUAGCUACGCGAACGUUGGCUAACUAGCUAGUUAGCUUAGCCAGCUAUGACUUAGCAAUAUCAAACAGGCUAAACUAGCUAACUCCACGGAAGAGUUGCGAUACUUGGCAACCCAUUAGUCUGAUACUAGCUAGCAAUACAGUCAAAUGUUUUCUGUAUAAUUUGUGGUACAAUGUUAGCUAGCUAUCUAUCUGGUGAUUUUGAUAGGCAUCUACAAUGUACUUCCAUGUGAAGGGGACACAUACAUCUCUUUUAGCUAGCUAGCUCUGGGGUGUAUUCAUUCCGCCAAACAGUUGCAAACUAAAACGAUCGUUUCUAUUGGACAAAGUCAGGGGUGUAUUCAUUACGCACAUUCUGUUAAAAACAUUUCGUCUGUUCCAAAACGUGUAACAGACACAGUUUACUUAAAACGGAAAACGCAAAGAAGAGUUUCAAUUGGACAAAUUCAUGUAGGCCCCUCCCCGGUUGUUCUGUUUGCUUCCGGUUUUGCGUAAUGAAUGCACUCCAGGGAGGCCUGUUAAGUUUGCUUCCGUUUAAGAAACGUUUUGCAACAGAAAAGCCUGAAUGAAUACACCCCUGGUGAAGAACCUUAGAAUAGUAGUUUACCUAGCUACUAUUUUAGCUUUAGUUAAUCCAUGUGUAUGGUUUACAACUUUUGAGUUACAGUUUUGUUCAUAACAGCCCAUUUUGAUGAUCGCUAACGUCAAACUAAACUUCCAGUUUAGGCGACAAUACCAGCUUCCCAAUGACACUCCUUCUCUCCCCAGGUGUCGACCCUGUGUCAGAAUAUCCCCUGCUUUCAACAUGUUGAGUAACAAGUACCCACAUGUGAUUUUUCUUGAAGUAGAUGUACAUGUCUGUCAGGUGAGGUUCUUUUUGCGUAAAGAGUUUUAAUAAUACAGCCUACCCUAUCGUAAUCAAAACACCAGGUACUCCAUUGUUCAUGUUGUCAUAGGAGACGUUGUAAACAAUACAUUAUUUAUUUAAACAUGUCAACAUCCUCUCAUGUAAUUCAUUGAGCAAUACAGAUACAUACAUCUGGUAUGUGUGGGUAGGCAUGUGACUUCAAAGUCAAUCUCCCUCUUUUCUCUCUCAGGCAACGGCUGCCGCUAACAACAUCUCUGCAACGCCAACAUUUUUGUUUUUCCGUAACAAAGUGCGCAUUGACCAGUAUCAGGGUGCAGAUGCCUCGGGUCUAGAGGAGAAGAUCAAGCAGCAUGUAGAAAACGACCCUGGAAGCAACGAGGAUUCCGAUAUUCCCAAGGGAUAUGUGAGUAUAUGA